CUCUUCCCCCCUCUCUCUCUCUCUCUCAGCCUCUCUCUCUCUCUUUCUCUCUCUCUCUUCCUCGCUCCCUCUCUUUCUCUCCUCCCUCUGCCUUCCCCGUGCAUAAAGUCUCCGUCGCUCUUGGAACUUGUUGGCAAUGCCUAUUUUUCAGCUUUCCCCCGCGUUCUCUAAACUAACUAUUUAAAGGUCUGCGGUCGCAAAUGGUUUGACUAAACGUAGGAUGGGACUUAAGUUGAACGGCAGAUAUAUUUCACUGAUCCUCGCGGUGCAAAUAGCGUACCUGGUGCAGGCCGUGAGAGCAGCGGGCAAGUGCGAUGCGGUCUUUAAGGGCUUUUCGGACUGUUUGCUCAAGCUGGGCGACAGCAUGGCCAACUACCCGCAGGGCCUGGACGACAAGACGAACAUCAAGACCGUGUGCACAUACUGGGAGGAUUUCCACAGCUGCACGGUCACAGCCCUUACGGAUUGCCAGGAAGGGGCGAAAGAUAUGUGGGAUAAACUGAGAAAAGAAUCCAAAAACCUCAACAUCCAAGGCAGCUUAUUCGAACUCUGCGGCAGCGGCAACGGGGCGGCGGGGUCCCUGCUCCCGACGCUCCCCGUGCUCCUGAUGUCUCUCUCGGCAGCUUUAGCGACUUGGCUUUCCUUCUGAGCGCGGGGCCGGCUCCCCCCGCGCGCCCACCCACAUUCACUCCAUGCUCCCGGAAAUCGAGAGGAAGAUCCAUUCGUUCUUUGGGGACGUUGUGAUUCUCUGUGAUGCUGAAAACACUCAUAUAGGAUUGUGGGAAAUCCUGAUUCUCCUUUUGAUUUCGUUUGAUUCCUUGUGUUUUAUUUGCCAAAUGUUACCAAUCAGUGAGCAAGCAAGCACAGCCAAAAUCGGACCUCAGCUUUAGUCCGUCUUCACACAAAAAUAAGAAAACGGAAAACCCACCCCAUUUUUUUUUUAAUUUUUAAUUUUUAUUUUUUGGCACAAGAAUCUCAGGAACGGCCCUGGGCCACCUACUAUAUUAAUCAUGUUAAUACAUGACAAAUGAUGGGCUCCUCCUAAUAGGAAAGAGAGGAGAGGAGAAGGCCAGGGGAAUGAAUUCAAGAGAGAUGUCCACGAGGAAAGCAUAUGGUGAAUAAUUCACGCUCACGUCUUUCUUCCACAGUAUCUUGUUUUGAUCAUUUCCACUGCACAUUUCUCCUCGAGGAAAGUGAAAGGACAGAUUGUUGGCUUUGUGGUUUAAGGAUAGGAGGGAGAAAGGGAAGGGAUUGAGGAAAUCUCGGGUGUCUAGGUAAAGGCUUCCAGAAGAAUCGCUGCUAAAGUCACUGAGAGGUUAAGCUUUACCUGCUGUUGUCGAUGCAUCUUUCCAAGUCCACUGCCUUUAUUUUCCCUCUUGUUUUAGCUGUUACACAUACAGUAAUACCUGAAUAUCCAACGGUAUAGAUCACAAGGGGGGGUGUUAAAUGUUAAUCUAAAAUAUAGUUAAAAAAAGAUUUUGACAUAAAAGAGCCUUGAUUUUAAAAAAAGAGAGAGAUGUAAUUUAAAAAGUUUAUUAUAAAUUAAAUUCAGCAAAAAAAGAUUUGCUACAAAGUAUAGAGAAGUAUAAAAUAAAAGUUAUUGUUUGAAA